GUCUGCUUCAUUCGCAUCACCUGUAAACAAUAUAGACACCACCUAGGUCUGGAUAUGAUAAGGUCAUUGGUGUCGUAGUUUUACUGCAGCUGUAGUAAGCUUUAUACCCCAAUGUUUAGCAUUGAGAUUGCCUACAUGUAAUGUAUGCUUGAGUCAAGAAGGUGCAAAUGGGACUGACUGUCACUGAUUGAAAACACAAUGUUGUUUGAUAAGAUACUUGGUGCUUCGAAAAGAGUAGCAAAUUAUAUUAGUCCAACUCCAGUUUUCACUAGUGGUACAGUUGACAAAUUGACAGGAAGGAAUGUGUUUUUCAAGGCUGAAAAUCUUCAGAAAACAGGCUCUUUCAAGAUUCGGGGAGCUUUAAAUGCUAUUCUUUUAUUGAAGGAAAAUCAAGCACAGACAAAUGGUGUGGUCACCCAUAGUACAGGUAACCAUGGCUCAGGGCUGGCCUGUGCUGCCCAGAUGGUUGGGGUACCAUGCACCGUUGUGGUGCCCCACACUACCGCUUCGGUCAAGGUGGAUGCCAUCAGGUGGUACGGAGCUGAUGUGGUCUUCUGCGAACCAACCCAACAAUCAAGGAAGGAAACAUGUGAGCAUGUCGCCUCUGAAAAGAACCUGUCGUUUGUUCCUGCAUAUGAUGACUAUAAUGUAAUGGCAGGUCAGGGGACUAUUGGUAUAGAGAUAUGUGAACAGGUACAAGACCUCGAUGCUGUCCUAGUCAUGACCAGUGGUGGCGGCCUCAUAGCAGGUAUCGCUACAGCAGUAAAGGGAAUGAAGCCAAAUGUCAAAGUUUUUGCUGUUGAACCAGAAGGAAAAGAUCUCCAAAGAUCUCUUGAGUCAGGAGAGAGAAUGUGGGUAGGACCACCUAAAACCCUUGAUACAGUAGCCGAUGCUACACCUACCCAACAGGUCGGACAGCUUACUUGGCCUAUUGUCAGAGAUCUUGUUGAGAAACAAGUAUUUACAGUGACAGAUGAUGAAAUCAUUUCAGCAAUGAAAUUUACAUGGACAAGAUUAAAGCUGGUAGUAGAAGCAGCAAGUGCUGGACCAGUAGCAGCAGUUUUAUCUGACAAGAUGAAAGCUGUCGAUCCAAGGGUUAGAAACGUGGCGGUUCUCAUGUGUGGUGGAAAUGUGAAUAUCGAGCAAUUACCAUGGUGAUAGUUGGUCUUCAUGGCUCUGGUUCAAACCACUUGGUAGACGCAUGACGAUUGACCAUUUUACUGGUUGAAUUUCAAUGAAGUUUCUAUAUAAAUAGUUUGAACAAGGAAUUUGAAUUUUGUAUGUAUGGAGUUCACCCGCCACCUGAAUUGAAAAUAGAGCUGUUUAUAUUCAGUAAUCCAUGAAUCUUUUUUGCUGUGUAGUCUUUUAUACAUGCAUGACACUAACUGUACUAUCAUUAUUUUUAUAAUUGUUAUAGCAACUCAAUUUGAUAUACUGUCUUUAAGCAUGUCAAAUUAGAGUUGCCUAAAUUGAAAUAUACAUAUAUAUGUAUUACCAUUAUAACAGGAAGUUUUGGUCAUACUUGAUUAAAAAAGAAACAAGAGAAAAAAUGACAUUUGCUGCCUAGGGUUCUGGCAGGCCGGGUGAAUUGCAGACAUUUGCAGUGUUGGUUUGUUCAUGCAAGAUUAAUGCAUUGGAUUGUUCUACAACUAUAAGGUUUUUCAAGUUGAAAUUGCAAAAACUAUUUUUGAGCCCUUGAUGACGAUUUCUGGACUCGAAGGUAUUGCACCCGUCUUUCUGUUCUUCCCCAAUUUAUAAUUGUGCUAUAAUUCGGAUGAAUAGUGAAUUCCUAAUUUCUGAUGUGUAUAUAGGUAGAACUAACUAAAAGUACGCUCCAGUACAAAUUUCAAUUUCAAGACUGCAGCUCAAAGAUCAGAGGUCAUAGCUCAUUAUAUAUGCAUAUUGGUUUCCUCAUAAUAAGCAGGGAAAUCUUUGCCCUAUGGACAAACAAAAUGUCUAUAAAGUAUAGGGCAUUUCACCAUUUUGUAUCUCAUUGAUGAAAGUUCGGGAUUUUUGUUGCACACCCUUGCCAUUCAUUUUAAUACAGUUAACCCUAAUAUUAUAGUGGCUUGUCAUUUGAUCAAGCUUAGUUUUCCACAGUACUAACCUUAUAGAUGCAUUCUAUUUUGUCUUGCUUACUGUUUGUCUAAUCAGCUUGUCGUGGAAGCAGCAGGGGCAGCCCCGGUAGCAGCUGUUUUGUCAGACCAGAUGAGGGCGCUUGAUCCCAGCUUGAAGAAUGUGGCAGUAAUUUUGUGUGGUGGGAAUGUGAAUAUUGAUCAGUUGCCAUGGUGAUUGUACACCUAUUUACAGACAUUACCGAAUUUUAUCUGCAUCAUCACCAUCUGGCUGGUGCUAUUCAUAUUUUAUCUGCUUAGAGACAAUAGAGCUUUUCCUAGCUCCCAUACUCUUUGAAAGUGUUUAAAUAAUUCUCUCCAUGCUCUUUAUAGAUAGUUUUAUUCGAAUUUGAGUAGUCUGAAUAUAUUCGUACAAAAAAAAAGAAACAUAUUUCAAACUCCAGCACAAAAUGUUCUUGAGGCUAAAUUUUUAUUAUUGAAUCAAAGACAUAUUUAUAUUAUACAUUUUGCAGCGUUGUCUUUCAGUAUACUCAUGAUUAUAUUAAUUCAUCUACCUUACCUGUAGAUAUAGAUGGAGAAUAGUAAUGCAUGAAAUAUUAACAAAGUAAAUGCUGCAUCAAUUCGUGAAGCUUACUAGAAUCGAGUGUUCCCUUUACAAAUCCUGUGGGUAUUCUAUGCAGUGAAAAUAUGCAUGAAGAGUGUUGAGUCCUAUUAUUCAGGGCAGUUAGAGUCAGUUUUAUUUCUUUUGUAUAUUUUAGGUACAAGAGUCCCAUUAAAAUAUUUCACACCAAUGCCACAUAAGUGAUUUUAUUAUGAAAACCUGCAAGAGUUCUGUCAUAAUACUAACUUAGUAUCAUAGGGGUAGAAAUGUGAAUGAUCAGAGGCCGAUUUUUUUGGGGGGGACAAUUUUAUCAAUUGGAUAUUGUUUUUUUCUGAAAACCUUAAACUUGAAAUAUGGUAAUAUAUGAAAUAAUAUAUUGGUCAUUGUGUCAUGUAUAUGUUCAACUUACAUGUAAAUGUUGAGUGCUGAAUUCACUGUGACAAGACAGAUUUUGAUUCGAUUCUCUUGAUGUUAGUGAACCCACCAAAAAAUGAACAUAUUUUAAAAGUGUUCAAGUUCUGCCAUGUUUUAGAUAUUUAAUAAAGUUUGUUUCUCUGGGCUCACCGGAUAUUGUAGUGUUGAUGUCUUCAACACUCAGCAUGAAGGAGUGCAUAUUUUGGUGGGGUUCACUAACUUUUUACCACCACUGUACAUGUAGGGACAGGUUCACCGUAGGGACAAACCAGUUUCCAUAACCUAUUGAUUAAAACAAGAUACAUUCGAAUUAAGAAGAAAGUCUUGUGACUGACUGAAGGCAGUAUUUCAACUGAGGAUUUACUUGUCUAGUUGGACAUGAUAUAUCUCUUGAAUGUGACAUACUUGCGUUGGUGCCUCAUGGUAAAACCAGCAGACAAGACCAUGUUUACUGGCUAAUACAAAAAUAAGGGCUGUUAUGGAGGUACUCAUAAUGCUUACUUUAUUUGUAUGAGCCUAUGCAUUUUGGAGGCCGCUGUUUGGCUUUCCAUGUAGUCAUGCCGCCAGAUUUGAUCAUGAUGCAGUAUUUAUUGGUUAUUCUACUGCCUGCUUUCAUUAAAACUCAGGUGAUUCCAUUGUUUUUUAUCUUGCUCAUGCUAUGGAGAGCUUUUGUAGUCAAGGAAUCAUGUAUAUUGAAAACAGAUAGUCAAUUUGACUUUUAAAGGCAAUAUAUUUAGGGAAUCCAGGUUUAAUCAUGACAAAUAAGUGCCUUUUACAUGUAUUCAUUGCUCUAAUAGCACAUUUUUGGCAGAAGGGUGGGGUGGGUAGUAAUUUAAGAAUUGUAAUUCUUAUUUUGUGUGCCUUUCUGUUGUACGAAUCUAUGAUUUUAGCAUGGAUUUUAGGGUUCAGGGAUAGUGCAUUGAUUGUGCAAUAAUAUGUUUUGGAAGAGGUUACACUAAGCAGUCACAUUCAUGAUGUAUAUUCUGGUAAUAUUGUAAAUGGUUUCAAACUGGCUUUGCAUCAUGUUUGUUAUGUACAUGUAUCCCAUAUGAAUGUUCACCCCCUCUCUCUCUCUCUUGCUCUCUUUUCCUCACCUUCUCUCUCCCUUUUUACCCGCUGCCCUCCCUCAGUCUUCUUUCUGAGUGUAUGUGUGUGUGGGCCUGUAUAUAUAUAUAUCUUUCUCUCUGACAUAUACUUCCAUGUUCCCCCUCUUUCUAAAAUCCUCUUUCAUCUCUCAUUUCCUAUCCAAAUUUCCUCCUCCAUUUUCUCAUUAUUCAUCUUGGACUAUACAAUCAAUGAGAUUAAUUUAUUAUCCAUGCAUUCUAUGCACAUUUUUAUUAGCUUGGGGCUUUUACUUCUGUUAUUAGCACAAAAUACACCAAACUCAGUAAAAUUGUGAUUGUUUUAUUUUAUUCAAUCAAUAGCUUUAAUUAAAUUGUGUAAAUUUUCAGUAUGAAAUCUUGUUCUAUAUUCAUUCAUCAUAAUUUAGGAAAUAGGUGCUCUAGUGGAGCUAUUCAUAUUCUCUAUUCAAAACAUUUUGAUCAAUUUAUAUGUGUAAAUUAUAUAAAAUGCAAAUCUUGAAAAGGUUCUCUAUUUAUAUUACAGAAAUACAGUUAAUAUAAAUAUUUCCAGAAAAUUACAAAUAUGGAUGUAAGUAACCACAAAUGCCUUCUUAAAUGAGCAAACAUUAAUGUAAGCCUGUCCAUAGAAUAAAUGUAUAUUUUCUGAAGGAAAUAUACAAUGAAAUUGCACUGAAGGAACUUUUGGGUAUGCUUGUGUAUGGGCAUCUACUACGAGGAACUAAGUUUGUAUUUGUGUAAACUAUAGAAAAUAUAUAUAAUUGUGAUAUGAUCUACCAAUAAAUUUUAAUCAAAUUCUA